AUGGGCCGCACUCGAGACGCUGGCUGUGUGGCUGCUGGGGUGGUGAUUGGGGCUGGCGCUUGCUAUUGUGUAUACAAAUUGACCUGGGGAAGAGAUGAGAAUGAAAAAAUCUGGGAUGAUGAUGAAGAGGCUAAUGAUGCUACAGAGACUAGGAUGGACACUCAGAAAAGGGCUCAAGCUAAUUCUGGGACAGUGGCUGCAGCCAGAGUUGAAGCUCACUCGGUAGCUAAUGCUGAAGUGAACUUAGGAGUCAAGAGUGGCUCAAAUUUAAAGGCAGAGGCUAAUAUGGCUGCUCCCAUUGGGGGUGGCUUAGAGGCCAAAGCCAAGGCACUUUUCAACACUCUGAAACAACAGGCAAGUGCAAAAAUGGGCAAAGGGUCCAGGGUGGGUACUGUCUCUGGGACCAGAUCACUUGUACAGAGUUUACCAUGCCCAGGAGGGAGGGGUGGAGGCUGUCAUCCUGGUAGGGCUAGAGGUGGGAGUAAAUCAAGUGGAAAACCCAAGGGAAAGUCCAAAAACAAGAACGCUAGGCCUCCACCUGCAGCAUAUCCUGUCCGCAGGAUUAAGUUCAACUUUCCCUAUAAAAUUGAUGAUAUUCUGGGUGCUGCUGAUCUUCAAAAAGUCCUUAACAUCCUGGAGCGAUCCAAUGAUCCUUUUAUUCAAGAGGUAGCUUUGGUCACUCUGGGUAACAAUGCAGCAUAUACGUUUAACCAAAAUGCCAUUCGUGAACUGGGUGGUGUUCCGAUUAUUGCAAAAAUGAUAAAAACAAAGGACCCUAUUAUUAGGGAAAAGGCUUACAAUGCUCUUAAUAACUUGAGUGUGAUUUCUGAAAAUCAAGGCAAAAUUAAGACGUAUAUCAGUCAAGUUUGUGAUGACACUAUGAUCUGUCGCUUGGAUUCAGCUGUGCAGAUGGCUGGAUUAAGACUGUUAACCAACAUGACAGUGACUAAUCAUUACCAACAUUUGCUUUCCUAUUCUUUUCCAGACUUUUUUUCUUUGUUAUUUCUGGGAAAUCACUUUACCAAGAUACAGACUAUGAAAUUAAUUAUAAACUUUACUGAAAACCCAGCCAUGACAAAAGAAUUGCUUGGUAGUAAAGUACCAUCGGAGUUGAUUUCUCUCUUUAAUAAAGAACGAGAUAGAGAGAUUCUUCUUAAUAUCCUUACCAUAUUUGAGAACAUAAAUGACAACAUAAAAAGUGAAGGGUUUGCAUCAUCCAAAAGAGAAUUCAGCAGAAGUUCACUUUUUUUCUUAUUCAAAGAAUCUGGAGUAUGUGUUAAGAAAAUCAAAGCAUUAAUAAAUCACAAAGAUCUGGUGGUGAAAGUAAAAGUCCUAAAAGUAUUGACCAAACUCUAA